AUGACUCUUUCCAUCCCCAAGUUCUCAGAGCUACCCGUCGACAAGAACGGUCCCCACCACAAUGGUGAGCACACUCUCUACCAAACCCAAUGCGUAGAACACAGGCGAAAGCCAUAUUGACUCUCCGCAGCCUGGGGCCUCUACGGCAAAGACGACCAGCUCGGCACACUCAACCGCCUCACAGACGACGUAGUCAAAGCAGCAGCCAGCGAGAUCCAAACCGGCACACGCAGCAACCUCGACUGGCCUCUCGACGCGCAAGCCGACGUCCCCUUCUUCGGCCGCCAGUCCUUCGCGAAGAACGUCUACCAGAAACCGCCUCGGAUCGUCAACGACGAUGUCUGGACUUUCAACACCCAAUCCAGUAGUCAAUGGGACGGCCUUCGACAUUUCGGAUAUCAGAAAGAAGCCAAGUUCUACAAUGGCGUAACGCUGGACGAUAUACACGGGCCCAACAAGAGCAACGUCAACGGUGUAGGAGCUUGGGCGGAACAAGGCAUCGUCGGACGCGGAGUCUUGCUCGACUACCACGCCUGGCGACUGAAGAAUGGCCUCGAACACAACGCUUUCGAAACGAACUCCAUCAGCGCCGAGACGCUCCGCCGUGUGGCCCAAGAUCAAGGAACAGAGAUCAAAUUCGGCGAUAUCCUGAUCCUGCGGAGUGGAUACAUGGAUGCCUACAAGAAACUCUCCCGUCAAGAGAUCGAGACAAUGAGAACGAAACAACCUUUAACAUUCACUGGCGUGGAGCAGAGCGAGGAGAUGAUGGAGUUCAUGUGGGAGAAUUUUUCGGCUUGUGCGGCGGAUCAUCCGAGUUGGGAGGCGUGGCCGACGCAGAAGGACUAUGCUCUGCACGAAGUGAUGCUCGCCGGCUGGGGUAUGCCGAUCGGAGAGUUGUUUGAUCUCGAGAAGCUGGCCGCUCAAUGUCAGAAAUUGGGGAGGUAUAGCUUCUUUCUGGUCAGCAAGCCUGUCAAUGUGAGGGCCGAACCUGUUGGAUGUGUGAGAGCGACGCUGACGACGGUGAUAGGUCCCCGGAGGCGUGGCCAGUCCUCCUAACGUUGUUGCGAUCUUCUGA